AUGCGACGCCACGGACAUGGGGACACGGACAAGCGCGUGGGUGAGCACCAUGACGGCGACUUUGGCGUGUACAUGUCCCAUAAGCUGCAAAAGCUGCGUGGACAGAACGAGCGCUUUGUGUCGGCGUCGCGCAGUGCCGAGCCGUCGCGGGUGUUUGCGGGUGUCCAUGUAUACGUCGACGGGUAUACACUGCCGAGUAAAGAAGAGAUUCGCGAGCUUAUGUUGCUGUACGGCGGCGGGUUUGAACAUUACGACACGAGUCGCGUGACGCACAUUAUAGCCACUCACGUGCCAGCGUCGAAAUUACGGCAACUUCAGAAAGCGAGGCGUCCCCGGCUUAUUGUGCACCCAAAUUGGGUUGUGCGCAGUAUUGAGCAGAAGAGGCUGUUGCCAGUGCAGCCAUUUUUGUACCACGGGUUUGCCGAUCCGACACAGAGUGUAUUCGCUCAAUCACCGGACUCGUAUUACCUGCCAAGUUUCUUGAAAGUCGAUGACGUAGCGGUUACAUCUGAGGUCGAGUCGGUACGACAUGCUGGAAGCGCAAGGGCUGCAGCUCCUGCGUCGGGAAGUGCUACGGAUAUACCUGAGCAAGGUGAUGGUUGUGACAAGGAAGAUACGACAGCAAAUGUGGCUUUGGACCGAGACGACGAAGAAGAAGAAGAAUUGGAAAACGAGGGCGAUGACCAGAUGCUACUUAUGGACGAUCACACGACUGGAUCAGCGAAACUCAAAACCAAUUCAACAAGAGAUGGACCUGCGUUCGUGCGGCACUUUUUUGCCAAGUCGAGAUUGCACCACAUUGGUACGUGGCGGGCUACAUUUCAGCAAAAAGCAGGUGACUUUCGGGCCAAGUACAAAGGAGGUCAUGUGAAGAGAGCGUCGGCAUUGUCGGACGAUCGUGUGCUUCUCCAUGUGGACAUGGACUGCUUUUUCGUGGCGGUGGCAGUGAGAGGUCGACCAGAGCUCGAGCACGUGCCUGUUGCUGUCGCUCACUCGGGCAACGCUGGCUCGUCCGAAAUCUCGUCGUGCAAUUACUUGGCACGUGCGAAAGGGGUGGGGGCAGGAAUGUUCAUGCAGCGUGCAAAAGAGCUGUGCCCUGAAUUGGUGGUACUGCCGUACCAGUUCGAUGCUAUCCAGCGCGUGUCGUUUCAGAUUUACGAUAUUUUCUUCUCUCAUACUCCGUACGUACAGGCGGUCAGUUGUGACGAAGCAUUUCUGGAGUUUGAGCAAGGAACGAGUGGCAUGGAAAAGGCAAAGACGAUUCGCCGAGAGAUUGUUGAGCAAACUCAUUGUCGUGCUAGUGUAGGUGUGUCGUACAACCUUCUUCUCGCAAAGUUGUGCUCACAAAAGGCAAAACCGGACGGAAUCUACCACAUUGGCGACCGAUGUCAGGCGGAACGUUUCAUGCUGUCACUUGAGCUUGGUGACUUGCCUGGCGUCGGAUACAAGAUGCAAUCGAAGCUCGAAGGUAGUGGUGUCAGAGAUGUUUAUCAACUCGUUUCCAAAUCGAGAGACGACCUGGUGCGGUUACUCGGAAAGGCGUCCGGUGAAAAGCUGUUUGGAUACGCCCGAGGACAUGAUGUCCGCGCGUUAUCAAUGGAGUCGAACAUGAUGCGUAAGAGUGUGUCAGCAGUGGUGAAUUUUGGAAUCCGUUUCGAAGCUUGGGAAGACGCGAUAGUGUUCUUGAAAGCGCUGAGCGAAGAGCUGAGUCACCGUCUUCGGAAUCUGAAAGCGCGUGCCAAGUGUUUCACGCUGCUGAUCAAAAAACGAGCGGAGGGAGCGCCGGUGGAGCCAUCGAAGUUCAUGGGUCACGGUGUUUGCGACAACUUUUCCAAAAGCCAUGUGCUGGCCCGAGCAACGGACGACGAGGAUGUGAUUGGCAGAGUCUGCAUUGAGCUGCUUCGGCAGUUUGACUUCCCGAGCAAGGAGCUACGUGGGGUUGGAGUGCAGGCUUCAAAGCUGGCUUUGAAUGUCCCGAACACUGGUCAGGCGAGUGGGCAGCUCUUUGAGACCUGGCUAAAUGAUCGUGCACAGCUUCAAUCGGUAUCAACGUCAUUGCGAGAGCAGAGCGGGACCGAACGAGUUGACGGCGAAGCAAACAAGCAGGGUAGUACGGCUGGAAACGAAUACGUUACCACGACGUUCUCGCAGAUCGACAUGGAGGUGCUGGACGAGUUACCGGAUCGAUUGCAGCGAGAAAUACUGGCUUCGUACGGUCGAGGUGCGCCAACAUCGACUGCUGUCCGACUGAAUCGCCAGCCGUCAAAGAAGAAGACAAGCGGCAAAGCGCCACUGCGACCGAAGCACCCAGCGCGAAACAUGUUUGAUUCCAAAUCGAACCGCCGACUGGCGCAAACUGCGAUUGGAGAGCCGGGAAAAGGAGACGCGCUUGAUGACAUUCGAAUCUCUCAAGUUGACUUGGAAGUGUACGACUCGCUACCGCUUCCGAUUCGUAGAGAGGUCGAUCGAUACGCGAAGAAGCGCAAGUACAACUCAAUGACAGUUCCACUUCCUCGACCCAAAAGCCGACCAGAUGCCACCAAUCUCGAUCAAGCGGUGAAGGAAACGCCGCAGCCAGUCGUGUUAUCAUCGAUAGAAGAUUUGUACGCCAAUCUUGCCAAAAGCCUCACGAGUGCUGCAGCGUGCGACGAUGAAAGCAAUGAUGGACAACGUGUUGCGAGCGAUAAAACACAAUUGGCAGCGUUUGAUGCCAUCUACUCGCGCAUUUUGGUUGAAGUGGAGAACCGAACGCUUGAUCAGGCUCUGCGGAUGCUCCGCUUCUUUCGCCGCAAAUGCUCUAGUGCAACUGCGCCCGCGAAUGUCAUUGACCUGAUGAAACACGGCUUCAACCAUGUUUUGGACCUCGUCAAUCAGGACAUUCGUCGACAUUUCAAUGGCAGACUGUCGUCGCAAUUGGUUACAUCACUUUAG